AUGGCUUUCCCUAGCAUUUGCACACUAUUCCUAACACUGUUCCCUCCAUACCAUCUUCCUCCCUGUACACAAUUGUGAUAGAUGACUGAGUCUCUAAUGGGACCUUGGUUUGGGGCUCUCCCAGCUCUGCCACUAACUAUGGUUCAUUGAGCACAUCACUACUGUAAACAUCUUUGUCCAUAAAAUAAGAGACUUGAACUGACCAGGUGACUUCUGAAGUUCCUUCCAGCCUGUUAAUUAUAUGAUCCUCAUUUAGGGCCCUUUUGGCUGAGCUGGGGAGGUGGGGUGAAUGAGGUCCAGAACUGGGUUGAGAUGCUGGGCUUAUACCUGUCCAUCUAAUCUUCUGAAAAUCCUUCAGGGAUGGAGGACUUGGGCCUUUCUUUAAUCCUAAAGCCAGAGGAUUGAGUUCUACCUGGCAGGAACAGAAGUGGAUUUUUCUUACAAUAAAAAAUACAUCAACUGAAUUUGCAAUGCCAAGAUGCUGUACUAUCAACGUGCGCUCAAUAGUCCCUAUCCUAUGCAGCUGAAGAAAGCCUUGGCAAUUCCCUUCACCCUAAGGACAAGAUUUUAGAGGAAUAGGGGAAAGAGGUCUCUGGGGACUGCUGGAGAGAACAAAGCAGUACUACAUACUCUUCACUCCCUUGCAAGAUAACAAGCCCUGUCAUUUCAGCUCUGACACCAAGGCAAGAGGCUAGGAGGUCUACAAAUAGCGUCUGGGUAGCUGGUGUGAGUACGGAGAGUACUGGGGGGGCUUGGCCCCCAAGGAAGAGGACCAGUCCUCCCCCAGCACCACCAGCAAGACCCCAGGGCCUCCCACUUCCCUCCACAGACUGUGGACUGACUUAGGGAAUCCCAAACGAUGACAGAAAAGGAGGUGCUGGAGUCCCCUAAGCCCUCCUUGCCAGCAGAGACUCGGCAAAGUGGGCUACAGCGGCUGAAGCAGUUAUUCAGGAAGGGGUCUACAGAGACAAAGGAGAUGGAGAUUCCCCCAGAGCCCCAGGCCAAUGGGGAGGCAGUGGGAGCUGGGGGUGGGCCCAUCUACUACAUCUAUGAGGAAGAGGAGGAGGAAGAAGAGGAGGAGGAGGAAGCACCCCCAGAACCUCCUACGCUUGUCAACGAUAAGCCCCACAAAUUCAAAGAUCACUUCUUCAAGAAGCCAAAGUUCUGUGAUGUCUGUGCCCGGAUGAUUGUUCUCAACAACAAGUUUGGGCUUCGCUGUAAGAACUGCAAAACCAACAUCCACGAACAUUGUCAGUCCUAUGUGGAGAUGCAGAGAUGCUUCGGCAAGAUCCCCCCUGGUUUCCAUCGGGCCUAUAGCUCCCCGCUCUACAGCAACCAGCAGUACGCUUGUGUCAAAGAUCUCUCUACUGCCAAUCGCAAUGACCCUGUGUUUGAAACCCUGCGCACUGGGGUGAUCAUGGCAAACAAGGAACGGAAGAAAGGACAGGCAGAUAAGAAAAAUCCUCUAGCAGCCAUGAUGGAGGAGGAGCCAGAGUCGGCCAGACCAGAAGAAGGCAAACCCCAGGAUGGAAACCCUGAAGGAGAUAAGAAGGCUGAGAAGAAGACGCCUGAUGACAAACACAAGCAGCCUGGCUUCCAGCAGUCUCAUUAUUUUGUGGCUCUCUAUCGGUUCAAAGCCCUGGAGAAGGACGAUCUGGAUUUUCCGCCAGGAGAAAAGAUUACAGUCAUUGAUGACUCCAAUGAGGAGUGGUGGCGGGGGAAAAUCGGGGAGAAGGUCGGAUUUUUCCCUCCAAAUUUCAUCAUUCGAGUCCGGGCUGGAGAACGUGUGCACCGUGUAACGAGGUCCUUCGUGGGGAACCGCGAGAUUGGGCAGAUCACACUCAAGAAGGACCAGAUCGUGGUGCAGAAAGGAGACGAAGCCGGUGGCUACGUCAAGGUCUACACCGGCCGCAAGAUGGGGCUGUUCCCCGCCGACUUCCUGGAGGAGAUUUAGGAGUGCAGGCGCCUGCUGGCGGGAGACACCCAUGCCCCCAUUCUGGGCGGGCCCAGUGGAGGUUGGGGAGGAAAAGGGCUAAAGCAACUGGACUGCCGGGUGGGGGAGGGUGGGAAGGCCCGCCAGAGCCUGACUGGGCUUCUGGGAAGGGACUGGUUCCCGCCCCCGCCCCCGGCCUGGGGUCUCAGUUACCUGGUGCCUAAAGCAGCCCGCACCCGAAACCCCUGCAGCCUAGCCUGCAAGAGCUGGAAAGAGAAAAUAUCUCACUAGGAGGAGUGGGGCGGGCGCUGCGGGAGGGACGGAGUGGCAGGGGCUAACUGUCGGAUGUUGCGAAUUUACUAAAGUUUUGACAAAAGUUA